GACCUCCUCAGCGCGCAGUACCCUGGGAUAUCGGCAGUCUUGUGGCCUAAAGUGCGGGAGGAGUGGCAGUGUUGUUGGAGGUAUCGGCGGUAAUAACAGCAGCAGUGUUGGGUGGCUGUAAACCGAAAAAAACAAGCACUCUGGGUGUGAAGCCCAGGAGGGGUAUUGCUAGUCCCGGUCCCUCCUAUGAAUUCUAAAUCCGAUUCCGAGGGACCGGUACAAGGCUCGAUAUCCCGAAUCCAGGGCUUUAACGUCCUUCCAUAAAUAAGGUGGACAGAAAUGAACACACUACUCCAAACGUGGUCUGACCAAUUAUUUGUAGAGAAGGAUACUGGACAAGAAGUGACAGUGAACUGAACAGUAUUAUGGUCUCCAGAGAGUACAACAUAAAGCAAUCUGUUGACAGCCCUGUACUUCAGUAAUUGAGCCCUUCUCACUGAGCUCAUGUUUUGUAUUACUACCAUUGCUGCUUUCUUGUGCUGCAUGUAUAUAUUUAUUUCAUUCGCUGUUGAUCGUGAGAAAGUGCGACGAAUACUGUUUGUUUUUGAAGAUGUGGUAAGGCCUUGUGGUGAGAAGUUAUGCCAAGUCUCAGGAUGUAGGAAGCAGUGGAGGAAGUGACGGUGUGCCUUACUUUGGAAUUGCCUCUAGUGAGAAUUUUAGUAAACAUUUUCCCCCAUGUGCAAGUUCAUUUUGAUAAAUUUCUGAUUCCAAGAGAUAUGAAGGUGUAAUGCAAAAGGCCAUAUUGUAAGGUUGGUCACUAUGCACCUUAAGCCAUAUCCAAAGCUUCAAAAGAAAGAUGCAUCUCUUGAUUCAAGCCAAGAGACACUUGGAGGGCUUUGCUCAAGCCAACAUGCAACUGUAAGAGUUGAAAGAUGCCAGUCCACCUAUAACAAACAGUCAUGUUGUAAAUCCAUUGCAGUUAGUACAGUGGCAUCUCACAUCAGCUUAUGGUGUCCAAGACCUUUUGGUUUCAUUUCUCAAAAUAAAAUGUGCAAUAUGAGGAAUCCAGCUGAAAAUCUUGCAUUUAAGGGAAGAAAGAAACAUGUGGCAGAAAACCUUCUGCCUCCUUCAAUUCAUCAAGAAGAAGGGGAGGCACCACUGGAUAUCUGGGCAGUCAUAAAGCCUGGAAACACAAAGGAGAAAAUUGCUUUCUUUGCAGCACAUCAAUGCAAUAACAGGACUGGAUCCAUGAAAAUAAAAAGCAGCUGGGAUGCUGAGGUCACAACUGCGAAACGCAGAAGGAAAUCUGCGGAUCUAGAGAAAGUAAAAAAUCAACCAAUGAGAAUAAAAGAUAAUGUGAAGGAUGUUGACAGAAGGUGUUUACAUGCUGCCCCCCCAACAACCAGUAACAAUGAGGAGAAUUCAUCUGUCAACAAUGAGAAACAAAAUGGUGAUGGAUUGUGUCAUAGCAGCACUCUUUCUGUAGCAGAAAUGGUGGCUUUUCUAGAACAAAGGGCAAAUUCACUGCUCCCAGACUGUAGCAAAACAUUUACAAAUGCCAGUGCUAACAUAUCAGGUAUUGCACAUUCAAAGGGAGGGUCCUCCUCAUCAGAAUCAAUUUCUGCUACAGGUCCCGAAUUUGAUAUAAACCAUAAAAUGUCAACUGAAAAUAAUAAACUACAAGGUGAGUAUGUCCGGGUUAUAGAAGUUAUAGCUAAGUUGGAAUCAGAGUGCUUGAAAAACCAACCUGACAGAAGUGGGGAGAACCUGUCCAGGAAUAAUAGUUUUCGGAGAGGGGUGGGGAGGGUUUUGCUGACUGGUCAACACCAAUCAGAACAAAGCAUCAAGAGUGCCGAAGCUUUUACGGCAUCCACAGGGGUGUCCAAAGCAGGCAAUAGUAUUGGGGAGAACAAAAAACAUUACAGCCACAUAAGCAGAAGCUGUACUAAUCAAUGCACUGAACCUCAGGAGGAUGCCAUGCAUGUUCCAUCUCCAGUUAGUAACAUUUCAGGUGUUGUGUUGGAUUUAUCUAGCAAAGCGCUUUCGUUAACCUGCAAAGAAACAGCAUCGUUGCCAAACAAUACUGGAGAAAUUCUCGACGGUGAUGUUGGGAUACAAGAGGAGUUGUGUAAGCCCCCAUCCCUAUGUUGGGAAACUAACAAGUUUGUAUCAAACUUUACUUUACCCAAGAAUGGUAGGGGUGAGUAUGCAAAUGACUUGACUGUUGACGAGGAGCUAGUGGCCUGUAGGGUGAAUGAGGAAACUAAUCGCAAAUCAGUAACUAGAUCUAAUUGGGAAGAGUCUAAUCCUUGUGAGGAACCACUUCCUGGAGAAUUAUUUUUCACACUUGAACAGUCCCAUGUGGAAAACUUAGAUUCAAAUGAAAAUACUACUGAGGAACUCCAGGAUGUUGCACAAUGCAAGGUUGACUUUCUGUCUGCUGAAAGGAAAACAUUUGACAAAAGUUGCUUAGAAGCAGGUCAGGGUGAUUCUUGUAUCUCUUUGAAAACCACUUGCCCUUCAUUAACUGAGCUCUUUCCGUUAAGAAGACAAGUAUCUCAUGAAUUUCUAGAAAUGCGUUUCAAAAUCCAACAGCUUCUUGAACCUCGGCAGUACAUGGCCUUUUUACCACACCACAUUAUGGUGAAGAUAUUUAUGUUCCUCCCUACCAAAACCCUGGCAUCUCUGAAAUGCACAUGCCAUUAUUUUAAGUUCAUAAUAGAAAACUAUGAUAUUAGAGCAACAGAUUCACGCUGGGUUUGUGACCCGCGAUACAAGGAUGAUCCAUGCAAGCAGUGUAAAAAGCAUUACUCAAAAGGAGAUGUAUCACCAUGUCGGUGGCAUUCAAAACCCUAUUACAAAGUUUUACCCUAUGGGCGUUCAUACUGGAUGUGUUGUUGGCAAACAGAAAAAGAUUCACCAGGCUGUAAAAUUGGGCUUCAUGAUAAUAAUUGGGUGCAGUCCUGUAAUCAUAUUCAACAAAUAUGUGAAAAAGCGAAAAAGAAUGGAGAUGGGAUGUGAGAUUUUAUUUUAAAAUAUUGGUGGAUUUGUUUUUUUCUGGCUAGAGAUCCAGGAAAAUUCCUGUUGGACGGUCUGUAGAGAUUGGAAUAUUGUCAGUCCUGCACUGUUUACAUUGUACAGUACGAUCAUAUUGGCUUAUAUGAAUCUGCAUGUACAGAACUGCAGCACCUGUUAGCUGUGCAAGAUGUACAGUAUUUGCUCUAUCAUGUGUUUGAUCAAUGAUAGUAUUGUACUGUUAAUGUAGCUGGCACAGCAACAAAUCACUACAAUGCAGCUAGAUCACUGUUGCAAUUAGUCUGUUUUAAAUAUCGGUCUUUAUUUUGAAUAGUUUGUAUAUUCUACCUAAAAUUACAUUUAAUGAAAAUACAAAGUAUUGGUGUGGGAAUGAGCUCAAAUGCAUCUUAAUAAAAUUGGUCAUUUAAGAUAUGGUUAGAAUUCUAGUCAAAUGUUGCUAUACAAUGUUGGGGCAAAUACAUGAAAAAAUGUUGGCAUUACAAAAUUACAGGUUAUGCAAAAUGGCUUGAAAUCUUUUUCUGUAAUGUUGCUUGGAUUCUCAGUUUUUAUUUUUGCUGUUGGUGCUUUGGAUUGAGUUGCAAUGAUUUUGGUGAACCCUUUUCUAGUCUUUAGAGAAAUUAUGUGAAAGUUUACAUGCUUUUGUGUUUUGAAAAUCUCAUUCAUGUAGUUGUGAAGUGGAAGGAUAUUCACGAAGUGCUUUCAACAAGAUACUUUGCACUAUGCGAAAUAUGAUUUUUCUCCCCCCCCCCCUUUUUGUACAUCUUUUGGUUCUUGAAAGCACCUGUAUUCAUACUUUUGCUAUUUAGUCAAUAAAUAAAUACACUCCCUUUAAUAGUCAUCUAAAACCAGAAACAGUUGAUACCUGAAGUGGAGGAUUGCAUAUACCAUUGUCAUUUCAGUGACUCAAGUUUUGUAAUUAAAAUAAACCAGUUUCUGUGUUAAAAUAAGAUGCAAUUCAACUUUCAAUCAAAAACAAAAGUCAUAUGCCAUGGUAAAUAGUGUUUUGAUCCAACUGAUAUAAAUUUGCCACAUUUAAAGUUUUAAUAAUUGAUGAGUACCAACAAUCUAUUUUAAACUUUCUGCAAAAAAAAACCCACAACUCUCAAAAUUGUGACUUAGUAUUCUAGAGUGGAAAAAUGUGAUCUCAUCUCCAAAAACUAUUCAGAAUAGCCCAUGUUCAAAUCCAAGCAACAUAUAAAAUUAUUAUGGUUUCAUAAUUACAUGAACUGCAAUGGUGAAGUAUCAUUUCAGGAUCCUUGGUAGUUUUAUAUUUUGAAUUCCAGUCAAAAGUUCUAAUUUCUGUUUGACUUUAAAAUGAUUCAUUUUAAGUCCUCCUCCUCCUUUGCACAUCUCAAAUAAGAAAAAUUACAGUGAAAUAAUUAUCUCAUCUCUUCGGCACAGUCGGAAUGAGUUGUGGACAUUUUUACGUGUGUGUAUAUGUGCACAAAUAUUUUUACUCAUCUAACAUGAUGUUUUCCUUCAAAUGCCAUCUCAGUUCAUACCCUGGUGUGAGUUGAUUAUUUUUCUCAACCUGGGGAUAAAUAUUUUUAAUUUUUACAAUAUUUUCCUCUUUAAUUGCAUUAAUGAAAAUGUUCAGCAUUGUGAAACAGUGGUGAAUUUUGAAGUUUACACAGGAAGCAGUGGGAACAUUGAACAGAUUAGAAAGCAUUUAUGGAGAAAGGGAGGUAGGGAUCUGAUGAAAGAUUGUCAGUCUGAUAAAUGAAUUGUAUAUUUCUUUGUCUAUGGAUGCUACUUGGCUUGUUGAAUUUUUUUUUCCAGAUUUCCAGCAUGUGGAGUAUUUUACUCUGUUUAAGCUGAAAAGAAUUGUGCCUAGUUGCCCCAUAAUAAGAAUGCUGCCUAUUUUUCAAAACGUUCAAUGUCUGUAACACUCCCAAAUCUAGUUUGUAAAGAUCUGAUGUAUUCAUUUUUCUAAGUAAAUCUUAAAGCACUUUUACUGCCUUUGCAAGUUUGGGGUACAUGAUUUGAUUGAUUAUGUAUCUAUACAUCUGUUCUCAAUUGUAGUCAAAACUAGGAUUUCAUUUUUGCAUUAGUAGUCAUGUUAACAUGUACAUUACUUUGAAUUUUAUUAAUUAUAGAAAGUAUCCCAUCAAAUGCAAUAAAUCUGAUACAUGAGCAUGUGUUUUUAUUUAAUUUUUGAUUACCAGUGCACUUCAUUUUCAGAUGGUGCCUAAAGUCAUUCACCAGUUUGCUUGCUAUGGUCUCUGCAUAACCUGUAACUCUUUGUUUUGGAGUGUAUUUUGCCUCAAUCAAACUUCUUUGCAGCUUACUCCAAACACUUGGACAUUGAGUGUUCGAUGUUGCAAGCAUCUCUAUUUACGUUACUUCAGCAGUUAAGAUACGCAAUUGUGCAGCUGCUGUUUGUGUGUCAUGUACAUUAACUUGCAGUUUUCUAUAAGCUUAAAAGAAGUUGUAACAUGAAUAAAAUGGGACAUUAAUUUAAAAAAUACUGGUUGUAAAUGUUUGGUACCUAAUAUAGAAAUACAUUUAUAUCCCCAUUUAUGGAUUAGAACUUUUAAAGUAGCCUUUCUUUAUUGUAAGCA